AUGGGCUGUGAGCUAGGAGGUGGCAAAAGUCCCGGAAACCUGGUCAGCAGAGGCCUGGGCAGCCUGCCCCAAGCCCUGGGCCUAGAAACGUGCCCUGUUUCCCCGCCCAGUCCCCCUGGAGUGCCCACACUCCGGGCCCCACAACCCAAGGUGGAUCUUUGCUGGAGCCCUGGAGACUUGACGGAGAAAGAAGAGCUGGUGGGGCGCCUGGCCCAAGCCAUCGAGGGUGGGGACGAGAAGGGGGCAGCCCAAGCAGCGGCCACCCUGGCCCGACACCAUGUGGCUCUGAGUGUCCAGCUCCAGGAGGCCUGCUUCCCUCCUGGCCCCAUCAGGCUACAGGUGACAGUUGAGGACGCCGCGUCCUCUGCCCACGUCUCACUGCACGUUCACCCCCACUGCACCAUUGCGACCCUCCAGGAGCAGGUGUUCUCGGAGUUUGGCUUCCCACCAGCUGUGCAGCGCUGGGUCAUUGGGCGGCGCCUCUGUGUGCCCGAGUGCAGCCUCGCUUCCUACGGGGUCCAGCGGGAUGGGGACCCCGCUUUCCUCUACCUGCUCUCAGCCCCGCGAGAAGCCCCAGGACGCAGCCCUCAGCGUCCCCAGAAGAUGGAUGGGGAACUAAGUCGCCUGUUUCCUCAGUCACUGGGGCAGCCCAGAGCUCCUCUGCCAGCCACCUCCAGCCUCCCCAGCCCCCUUCAGCCUGGCUGGUCCUGCCCUUCCUGCACGUUCAUCAAUGCUUCCAGCCGACCCGGCUGUGAGAUGUGCAGCACCCAGAAGCCCUGCACUUGGGACCCCCUUCCUGCAGUUUCCACCCCGCUGGCAAAGGUCACAAGGAGAGAGGAUGGCCCUGUCCCUCCAGGCUCAAGGUCCCUGGACCCCCUCCUAAAACUCUCAGGAGACCUUUGCUGACUGCUUGCUAGGGGUCAAGCCAGGGUUGUGGAGGGGCCACAAUCAGGAGUCAUUAAAGGCACUUCUGAGCCGGCU